GCAAUGAUUUCUUGCUGGUGCUGCAUGGAGAGCUGUGCGGAGAUUCAGAGAGGAGCUGUCUCUAGGCACCCAGUUGCUUAGGGCAGGGGAUGUGUACAGCAAACGCAGUCUGAGCUGUCACAAAGUGGAUGGAUUCGUGGUUUCAGCACCGCUAAAACCCCUCGCUUCAAGAUAUCGGCCUGCCAUCAGCUCCCCCUGAUCUAAUGAUCUAUUUUAAGAUGUCUGGAGUCGGAACUUUAUUCACCAAAGAAUUGUCUGGCGAUGGAUUACAAGCGCCAAUCUUUCAGCUCACCAGGGUGCACAGAAGGAGAAGCAGAUUAAAGCGUUCUGACGGGAGCACUUCCUCCGAGACGACCUCCACCAGUUUCAUCCUCCGACAGGGUUCAGCAGAUUCCUACACUAGCAGACCAUCUGAUUCCGAUGUUUCUCUGGAGGAAGACCGAGAUGGGAUACGUCGGGAAACAGAGCAACAAGCAGCGGUGCAACUUGAAAGGGCCAAAACUAAACCUGUUGCAUUUGCUGUAAGAACAAACGUUACUUACUGUGGAGCCCUGGACGAGGAUGUGCCAGUCCCAGGAACUGCCAUCUCGUUUGAUGCCAAAGACUUUCUGCACAUCAAAGAAAAGUACAGCAAUGACUGGUGGAUAGGACGGCUGGUAAAAGAAGGCUGCGAAAUCGGCUUCAUCCCGAGUCCCCUCAAACUUGAGAACAUCCGAAUCCAGCGGGAGCAGAAAUCGAGACAGGGACGCUUUUAUGGCGGGAAGUCGAGUGGGAAUUCGUCUUCAAGUCUCGGGGAUAUGGUCUCUGCCAAACAGAAACAAAAAGUGACCGAGCACAUUCCUCCUUAUGAUGUGGUACCAUCCAUGAGACCAGUUGUGUUGGUGGGACCAUCGCUGAAAGGUUAUGAGGUCACAGACAUGAUGCAGAAAGCUCUCUUUGACUUCCUGAAGCACCGGUUCGAUGGAAGGAUAUCAAUCACGCGGGUGACGGCAGAUAUUUCUCUCGCCAAACGUUCAGUCCUAAAUAAUCCCAGCAAGAGGACAAUCAUGGAACGCUCCAACACGCGAUCCAGCAUAGCCGAAGUGCAGAGUGAGAUCGAAAGGAUCUUCGAGUUGGCCAGAACCUUGCAGUUGGUGGUUUUAGACGCAGACACCAUUAACCAUCCCACCCAGCUCAUCAAGACAUCUCUAGCUCCAAUCAUCGUUCACGUGAAAGUCUCUUCUCCCAAGGUGCUGCAACGGCUGAUAAAGUCCAGGGGAAAGUCGCAAAGCAAAAAUCUCAACGUCCAGUUGGUGGCAGCAGAUAAACUGGCACAAUGCCCUCCAGAAAUGUUCGACGUCAUAUUGGACGAAAACCAGUUGGAGGAUGCGUGUGAGCAUUUGGCAGAGUACCUUGAAACGUAUUGGCGUGCGACACACAGCCCUAGCAGCACACCACUGAAUCCACUGCUGGGUCGAAACUUAGGUAGUACUGCACUGUCAACAUAUCCCUCAGCUAUCUCUGGUUUGCAGGGUCAGCGAAUGAACAACAGCAAUCACUCUGGUGAAAACUUGCCCGUCGAACGAACACGCCUGAUGCACUCGGACGAAAAUGGUCACAGCGAAAGGGCGAAAAAGAGUCGUAACCGUUUGUCUUCGGGUUCACAGCACAGCAGGGCUCAAUACCCACUGGUGGAGGAAGAGUACUCCGACCCCUAUCAGGACACGUACAAACAGCGAAGGAGUCACGGGUCACCCGGGGGCCACAGUUACGAUUCUCAGCACCGCCUAUGAAAAAAAAACACACACCCCGUUUGCUAUUCACCAACAACAAAACCAAGGAGGGUCCAGGGGAGGGAGGAAGGGAGGGAGGAAGGGAUGCAAAGCGAUGGGAGGGGGUGGUGGUGGGGAAGAAAGCAAGCAAUCAAGCAAGCCUCGAAACCUCUUACACGAACAGGGAAACAUCAUAGUAUUUUUACUGAUGAAUUUAGUUAUCAA